CUUUGCUUGUUUUUUACUCCUAAAGGGGCCGUAUAGCAAGUUCAUGUUAGAUGUAAACGCCUAAUAAAUAGAUCAUUGUUUUUCGCUGACAUUAAAACUGUUUUGUAAUGUUUUGACGCGCAAGUGGUAGACGCGUGUUGCCAAUUAUUAGCAAGUAUUCGCAUUUUUCGAGCCGUAGUCACACACGCGUCGAUUCCGCAUCCGAGCCAGUCCGAGCCAUUUUGCUGCGCACAGGUAAGAUGGCGGUACGUAGAAGCAGCUGAUCAGUGCGUGUCCCGCAUUUAGUGUACCUUUGCACGUAACACUGCACGAUUAGAUGAGUCUCGGCCUCCGUGGUGUGCUUUCGCCCAAGAAGAAUUUCGGAAGCUGUGAACAUCAUGGAAACCGUGAAAGCGAAGCGCAAGGUGAGUAAACAACAUCGACCUCUUGUGCCUAAUGCCUAGACAGUCGCAUCUGAACAUCUGCGGUGGUCGCGGGAUGCUCACAUUUGCUUUUAUUCGCACAGGAUAGCCAAGAAUCGAUGAAGGUUGGAAAGCAGCACGAUGUACUGCAGCAGAUACUGGAAAACAGGAGGAGGCAGGUUGGGCGGGCUGGAGGGCCGUGUGUUGGACGUCUUGAGCCGCACCGGCCCAGGCUACGCGCCGGUCGAUUUUUUUCCUGAUGACGCCGAGCAGGCAAGCUCCAGCGAGGAAGAGGCCGCUGCCGCCCAUGUGCCUCUCCCGACGGCCCCACCCCAAGUAUCCGUGGGCACAGAGCCGGGGACGAGCGGCACUGCACGACCACCACCUCGGCAGCAGCCCCAAAGACCACCUCGGCUGCAGCCCCUAAGACCACCUCGGCAGCAGCAGCUGCUAGAGGAUGCGGCCUGCAGGGCAGCAGAGGAAUGCGCGAGGCAGAGGCAGCUGGCGGAGGCUGCAAACGUGGAGGCUGUCGCCUUCCACCAGAUGCUUCUUGAGCAACACAGACAGCAUCAUCAACAACUGGUGGAGGAGCAGAGGGCCUCUCGCGUGGUGCAGCAGCAGUUGGUGGUGGAGACGAGGGGUUUGCGGGAGGCGACUGCCCUCGUCGCAGCCACCUUACGCCAGCUCGUCGCUGCCCUCGCCCGUGGCCUCCGCGAGCCGCCUCAGCCGUAGUUAUAUAUAUGUUGUUCAUUAUGUCAUUUGUUUAUUAUUUAAUGUUUCAUAAUGCAUAAUUUAUUGCAAGUUUUUUCUUAUGUUUAGUUCCACUUGCUGAGCAAGUUUGUCUCAGUGAGUGAACUGUAUGUCUAAUGUUUCAUCUUUUUGGUUAGGUGUGUGCUUUCGUUUUGUUGUUUAUGAGCUAUUUAUGUAUUCAUUGCUUUUCAAGGAACAUGUUGACUAAGUAGUCACUUUUAUUUUAGCCACAACAGUGUUUCACACACAAAUGCUGUGAUAACAGGUAUUGAAAUCCACUGUUAUGAUUUUCACACUAUAUUUAUGUUGUUUCCAAUCUUAUUUGCCCUAUGGAACCCACAAGUGGCCAUAUUAUUUAUUUUAGCAACACGUGCGUGUUACUUGCAAUAGUUAUUGUGAUAUAUCAGGUUUCCAUAUCGGUGAUAGCAAUGCAAUCUAGUCCCCAUUGAUGUUGACAAUUUUUUAUACACCCAAUGUAGCCAUUAUUUUACUACAUUCACUGCCAGGCUGUUCUUGUUGGCCUUGUUAUAUGUCAGAUUAUCGAAGUGCACGGUAUUUUUUCACGUUUGUCAUUCCUUAAAGGCGCCGGACUGCACUUUCACACGGGUGGCCCUAUUGUGGCAGUAUUUAUUGCAUAUAGCAUAUAUUUUGUGCUACAAACAUGGAUGCAUAACAGGCAAGUCUUGCAACACCUUUUUGUGCUAUGAAGUUGCUAGGUGAACGCAAAUGAUCGUGGAUGAGCCCAAAGAAAAACAGUAUCAAUGACAGACAUUUAUGUGAUUUAAUGUGUGCCAGCAGCCUUUCACAAUGUAUUAGAUCCCAUUUAGUGGAAACCGUACUGUCACUUUGGCACCGUGAAAUCGUACCCUGUGUACAUUGAUUUGUAUCAUGAUGACUGUUAUUCACUUCGAAUAAAACAUGACACUGAAGAUGUGUUGAAAUUGUUUGUUUACUGUAGGGAUAUGAAGGAACGAGUUUCAAGAACAUCACUGGCACUUGAUAUCACUUUUUACAAAUAUAUGUACAGUUUACAAAUGAAUGUACAUCCAAGGGAGCAUCAUGUGCUUGACAUGCCAGGCGAUCUGUGUCAGCAUGACUUGGCCUGUUGAAAAAGGAACUGUGCGGAAGCUGUGUGGCAAAGCUGUGUGGGGCCUGCAAGGUGUGCAAGAACAGUACAUAUGAUGGAGCGAAAAGUGUGCUUUGCUGCGGCCCAAGCAGGAAGCGAGGAGACGAAGUCCAAUAUCCUCCCAUGCACAGUGCAGACGGCGGUGACAGUGGCGGUGAUGCCAGUAGAUAAAUGCAUCAAGACGACAGUAGCAACAGCAG